CGCCAUCUGCUCUCCCUGCUGCCGCCUGCCCGGCUCCCUUUCGGAGGGAGGGAUGGGGGGUCGGAGGAGCGUCGAGGCGGCCGCGCGGCUUCGCUCCGCCGGGGAUGGCGCGAGAGAUGGUCAAUGCAUGGUUUUCUGAGAGAGUCCAUACAAUUCCAGUGUGCAAGGAAGGGACUAAACAUCACACCGAAGCUUGUUCUUGUUCCUCUCACCAGUCCCAACGGGUGGAGAGCCCUAACCCCACACCACCAGCCAGAAAGAUAUCUGCUUCUGAAUUUGAUAGACCUCUUAGGCCCAUUGUGGUCAAGGAUUCUGUUGGAACAGUGAGCUUCCUAUCAGAUUCAGAAAAGAAGGAGCAGAUGCCUCUCCAGCCUCGGACGCUUGGCACUGAUGCAGGGGAUCAAUGCUCAAGGCUCUUAGAGCUUGUGAAGGAUAUUUCCAGUCAUUUGGAUGUCACAGCUCUUUGCCACAAAAUUUUCCUGCACAUCAAUGAACUAAUUGCUGCUGAUCGCUACUCUCUGUUCCUGGUCUGUGAAGAUAGUUCCAAUGAGAAAUUUCUUGUUAGCAGGCUCUUUGAUGUAGCUGAAGGUUCUACCUUGGAGGAAGCUUCAAACAACUGCAUCCGCUUGGAAUGGAACAAAGGAAUUGUGGGCCAUGUGGCAGCCCUGGGACAGCCUUUGAAUAUCAAGAAUGCCUAUGAGGAUCCCCGAUUCAAUGCAGAAGUGGAUCAAAUUACAGGAUAUAAGACGCAGAGCAUCCUUUGUAUGCCAAUAAAGAACCACAGAGAUGAGGUGGUUGGUGUGGCACAAGCAAUCAAUAAGAAGUCUGGUGGAGGAGGAAUAUUCACUGAACAAGAUGAAAAGGACUUUGCUGCUUACCUGGCCUUUUGUGGGAUUGUUCUUCACAAUGCUCAACUAUAUGAGACAUCCCUGCUUGAAAACAGACGCAAUCAGGUGCUCCUCAAUCUUGCCAGUUUAAUUUUUGAAGAGCAGCAGUCCUUGGAAGUCAUUUUGAAGAAGAUAGCUGCCACCAUAAUCUCCUUCAUGCAGGUGCAGAAGUGUACCAUUUUCAUAGUGGAUGAAGACUGCCCUGAUUCAUUUUCUAGUGUCUUUCACAUGGAAUUUGAGGAACUAGAAGAUUCUGGUGAGCCCCGCAAAAGCAAUGACUGUGACACAAACCAAAUCAAUUAUAUGUAUGCACAGUAUGUGAAAAAUACAAUGGAGCCUCUUAACAUUCCAGACGUUCGUCAAGACAAAAGAUUUCCUUGGACAAAUGAAAAUGCAGACAGUACAAACCAGAAUAUUGAAAGUUUGCUGUGCACACCAAUAAAAAAUGGAAAGAAGAAUAAAGUGAUAGGAGUAUGUCAACUUGUCAACAAAAUGGAGGAAAAUUCGGGUAAAAUAAAGGCUUUCAACAGAAAUGACGAACAGUUUUUGGAAGCUUUUGUCAUCUUCUGUGGCUUGGGCAUCCAGAACACGCAGAUGUAUGAAGCUGUAGAAAGAGCCAUGGCGAAACAGAUGGUGACAUUAGAGAUCCUUUCUUAUCAUGCUUCAGCUGCCAUAGAAGAAGCAAGGGAACUUCAGGUAACAGUGACUGCAGUUGUGCCAUCUGCACAAUCCCUCAAACUCACUGACUUUUACUUCAGUGAUUUUGAGCUGACAGACAUGGAAACUUCUCUGUGUACAAUUCGAAUGUUCACUGAUCUUAACCUUGUACAAAAUUUCCAGAUGAAACAUGAGGUCCUUUGCAGAUGGAUUUUAAGUGUGAGGAAAAACUAUCGGAAAAAUGUUGCCUAUCACAAUUGGAGGCAUGCUUUUAACACAGCCCAAUGCAUGUUUGCUGCUUUAAAAUCAGGGAAGAUUCAGAACAAGCUUACUGAUGUUGAGGUCCUUUCUUUGCUGAUCGCAGCGCUGAGCCAUGAUUUAGAUCACAGAGGAGUGAACAAUUCUUAUAUACAGAGAAGUGAACAUCCUCUUGCACAACUGUAUUGCCACUCAAUCAUGGAACAUCACCAUUUUGACCAGUGUUUGAUGAUCCUGAACACCCCGGGAAACCAGAUUCUCAGUGGUCUUUCUAUUGAAGAAUACAAGGCAGCCUUGAAAAUUAUCAAACAAGCUAUUCUUGCAACAGAUCUUGCACUCUACAUUAAGAGGCGAGGAGAGUUUUUUGACCUUCUCAGAAAGAAGCAGUUCAACUUAGAUGACCCUUAUCACAAGGAGCUAUUUUUGGCAAUGCUAAUGACUGCUUGUGAUUUGUCAGCAAUAACAAAACCAUGGCCGGUUCAGCAGCGGAUAGCUGAGCUUGUUGCUGCAGAAUUCUUUGACCAAGGAGACAAAGAACGAAAAGAACUCAACAUAGAGCCAACUGAUCUAAUGAACCGAGAGAAGAAAAACAAAAUCCCUAGCAUGCAAGUUGGAUUCAUUGAUGCCAUCUGUCUGCAGCUUUAUGAGGCAUUGACACAUGUAUCAGAAGCCUGCUACCCUUUGUUGGAAGGCUGCAGAAAGAACAGACAGAAAUGGCAAGCUCUGGCUGAGCAGCAGGAAAGCAACCUGAUCAACGGAGAGAGUAACCAGCCCAAGCGGAACUGAAAUAGCACUUCACUAAGAAAUAUGAUGGUUUACAGAGGAUAUUUAUAUAUAGUAAUUUGGGGAUAUUUAAUGUUUUGCUAGACACUGUAUGAAAUAGGUGUAUAAUUUGCCACUGCUGUAUUUUAAAUAACCAGAGACAUAUAUUUUUGCACAGUUGUUGGAACUGCAACUUGAGUGUUUUUAUGUGUAUGAUGUAUCAUAGUUGUAUAUUUCCAAUAUUUCAGUUAUAUAAGGGAAAGCAGAUCUGCAUUUGGCAGAUCCGGUUUGUUCUGCACGGCUUUGUAUGAUGGUACAAAAGAGGAAAGAAUUCCUAGGACUGCUUUGGAAGCCUCUUGGUUUUGAGUUGUACAUAGUUGUUUUAUUUUCAGUCAAUGGCCAGUACCUUAAAGAUUACCAUAUUUGGCACUUUUUAAAAUUCUUUUAUAUUGUGUGGCUUUGUAAGUGUAAAUUAUGAAAGAGCAAUGUUGCCUUUGGAAACAUGAAAACACCGAGAAGCAUAGAAGUCAGUGUUCACUACAUGGGACGACUAAUAUCUCCGAAGAAAGCCUGUAUUUUUUAGGACAAGCAUACGGAGCAUCAGAGAGAGAUGAAGGUACAGAUGGAAAGACAUUCAGAUUAACUAGUUUUCAGAAUGCAUUCAUAUAGUUUGUAAUAUGUAAGACAACUAGUGAAAGUGUGCACAUAUUUUUUUUUUCAUUUCUUGUCAUUGGGAACUUACUGCAAGUUGCAGGCUACCCCCUCAGUUUUGAAUUGUAUGUAAAUAAAUGCACACAACAAAUUAAUAUGUAUCUUUGAAAAAUGUUCACAAGUGUGCUUUAGUCAAUAAGAAAUAUAUAUUAAAAAUGCACAUACUGUAUUAAGAAAAAUGCAGAAAAAGUGCAUCAAUUAGGAAGAGUGCCUACCAAAAUCCAUGCAAAUGUCUAUGCAGUGUGAAGCUUUAUAGAGUCUUACAACCCAGAACAAAACAAGGAGAGGGAGAGUAUACUAGUGAGAUUCAGAGAAACCCAACAAAAUUUAACCAUAGAGGUUUUCACAUUUUGUCCAGAACAGUAUCUUAAGGCAUCUGCUUUCUCUGUGGUUUUUCCUGUCACGACAGUGCUUCAACUAAAUGAACUUAAGCUGUUUAUUACUCUGCAAGCCAGAGCUACUAUGGGGGCUCAGUAGAUGGAACUGCCUAAAUUCUCUUAACAACGGUGGAAACCUUUUGAAGAAUAUGAUAAAACAAAAUAGUUUACAACUGUAGGUAACUGAGAUGGAAUGUCUCAGAUUAAAAAGUUGAAAGAGACUGGGAGUAGAGACAGAGGGGUCGUUGCUGGGAAGGAACAACUGAUGUUCGGCAGGCAAGAUUCAUGUCUUCUUGCCUAAGGAAACAGAGGAAUUGAGAAGCAUAUGAGGCCGGUGGUGACGUAAGCAAGUAAAGAAAGCCAGGGUUAUUUAAGAACAUGAGAAUUGCUCUGUUUGUCAUAAAAUGAAAUCAAAUUAAAGAGAUCAGAGUCAAGAAAUUGCCAAUAGUCUUUAAAAACAACUGCUCAUAAUUGCAGCGAGUUUUUACAAGUGAAUGUUAGAAAAAAGAACAUUUGUUUUUUUGUUUUUUUAAUGAUACCAUUUGAUUUGGAACAAUCCUAACCACAAAGUCUUAAAAGUACGGAGCACAAAUGGAAACAGCUGAGAGUCACUUCAGGGAGCCACAAGUUAAAAAGAUGCUUUCAAAUAAGUUAGAGGACAUUAGUUCAAGAAAGUAACAUAGACAAAACAAAUCCUAAAAUAUCAUCUUAGGUCCUGCAACCAAUCAUAGAACCAUGUCAGAAACAAGGUCUUGAUUGAUGUGAUUUAUUUGCAGAGACAACUUUGGCUGUACACAGAUGUCUAAAGAUAUGAAUUUCCCAUGUGUAGUACUUUUUAAGGGCAUGUUGGCAGUGGCAUUAAGCACGUCUGUCAAAUAUUUUGCAUUAAUUUUUGCUCAGCAUUGGAAAAUAUUGGAUCUUUUUUGGAAUUUCUGAGAGGAGGGCAUGUUAGUCUGUCUAAAAAAAAAAACAAGGAAUCCUGUGGUACCUUAAAUGCUUAAUCGGCUUUAUUUGGCUUAAGGUUUUGUGGGGUAUAGUCCUCUAAAGCCUAUGCCAGGUAGAACAUGUUGAAUCUUUGAGGUGCCAGAAAAGUCCUUGUUGUCUGUAUAUGUGUAUUUCUUAUGAAUUUGAAUUGGGAGUUCCUAUUCAAGUUCUCAAAUUAGGAGCAGAUCUUGAUUCCAAACAACCUACAGUUUGCUCACUGGGCACAGCCUCUUAGCAGUGUCCUCUUAGCUUUCAGUGUAGAGGAGUAGGGGUGGAGGAACCAGGAACUUGGACAAUUCAGUUUCUGUAAGAGGGUUUUCUUAAUCUAGAGUUGGGCACGUUAUAGCUAUUGAGAUGUUGUUGGACUGCAACUCCCAUUGCUUCUCCUCAGCUGGCUACGGCUAAUGGGAGAUACAGUUCAGCUACAUCUCCAAAGAAACAAGUUUAACAUCCCUCUUAAUCAUUGUAUAAUGCUAAGAGGAAGAACAGACUCUUUGGUUUAGGAGAAGAUCCUCAAAUUUUCCAGAUAAUCAGUGGCUAAUUGUACAUCCAUAGCAGGGAGUAUCACGCUAGUAUCACUGACCUGUGUUAUAUGGCUGCAGUUUGAAAAAGCAGUCAGAAAACCACUCCAUCUGUCCCAUUAAGUGUAAAGGAACCCUUGGCCUCAGAACAGAGGCCUCCAUAUGUUAUGAAAAGACCAGACGAUUAAUUAGCUGGUUAUCUCGGAGCAGCUGCUCUUCAACUAUGUUGGAAGUUGUCGCUUUUUGACAUGGGGCUUGUAUGUAUGUUCUUGCAGCUGCAGAAAAGUAUUUACGCUGACUGAUAGGCAUGGGCUUUUAGGAAUUCAUGGACUACAGCCCCAAAACGUCUGCAGGAAUUCCCUUGGCCAGAUUUCUGGGGACUUUAAUGAAGAAGUUAAAGUCCUGGCAGGUGUUUCCAGGUUCUUAAGCUAAUGAAUUCAGAUUCCAGCAACCAUUUUCAUCCUAUGAAGAAGACAGGGGGAAUGGGUGAGUGGUAAUUACAAGGGGUUAUGGGUCUGGUGCAGAAUGCCUAUUAGGCAUUCCUGCAUCCUAUGCAGAAUGCCUAAUAGGCAGAGACUACUGUACCAAUAAUCCCUUGCAACUCACACAGAGCUUUCAUCUCCACAGAAUGAAUAUAACUGCCAGAGUCUGAGUUCAUUUACUGUAAGAACUUUAAAACAUAUUUCUUUCUAAGGGCCACUCUACUUACUCAAGAAAAAGUUUCACCUGAUCCUGACCUUUUCUGAACUAUGCUGCUUCACUCCAGGAUGCUUUGUGCAGUUUUAGAAUAGAAAGCUACCAUGUUCAACAUGCUCUGUGAUGGUACCUUUCCAGGUGUUAAUCAUUUUAUUUUACACAGGAAAGCUUUUCAUAUUGUCAGUCCUUGAAGAGACACAUUUGCACAAAGGAUUGCAUUGUAUGAUUUCAGCAUAUUUGAAUUCUCUAUAAGGGGUUCAAAUAUUCCAUCAAAGUGCAAGGACAAAAAAAAAAUUAAGUCAAGAUCUAAGGAUCUCAAGAGGCAAGCAAGACAGAGGUACCUCAUUUGUUCAGAGUUCGUUCAGAUAUCAAGACUAGUCCAUUGAGAUCUUGACCACUAUCAGUACUUUUAACUCACUUUGGAUAGAGCUAAAUACAUAAAAUUCAACAUCCUGUCCCCAAGGCUGGAAUUUUUUUAGCCACCAUCCUCUUUUGGAGAUUGCUCUGUGUCUGGAGUUUAGAACAUUUGGAAUGAUAAAAAUGCACAAAGGAUCUUCAAUGGUGAGAGCUCCAGAUACCUCAGAUGAAUGUGAUAUGUUUUGUCGUAGUUCAGGUGAAGAAGAAUAUCAGAGAUGUGGAGAGAUCACCAAGAUGACAAGAGUUUUUCCAGUUAAGCUGUCUUUAUGUGGUUUAGCAAAUGGAAUGAAAGAAACCUAUGGGGUUUAGGGGGAACAAAAAUAAUGUUAAAAUAUUUUGUCAUAA